CGACCCAACCAAAACAAACAGUAUGGCCUCGACCAAGACAGUCUACAUCGGCAUCAUCGGUGCCGGUGGCGUGGGCAAGUGCUUCAUCUCCCAGCUGGCCCAGCUCGCCGUCCGCCGUCCCGACCCCAAGCUCGUCCUCUGCUACAUCUCCACGUCCAAGAAGUCCCUCUACCAUGCCGACUACAAGCCCAUCGACAUCUCCUCCGCGGUCACCCAGCUCAACACCGCGAGCGUCGGUGCCCCGCCUCCCCUCCCUGAGGUCGUCAAGUACCUGUCCUCCGUGCCCUCGGGCUCCAAGUCUGUGCUUAUCGACAACACCUCGUCGCAAGAUGUCGCCGAGUCAUACCCUCUCUUUCUGCGCAAGGGCGUCUCUGUCGUCACUGCCAACAAGAAGGCCUUUUCUAGCGACUUCCAGCUAUGGCAAGACGUCUUCGACUCGGCGACCGCUGGCGGGGCCAAGGUCUACCACGAGUCGUCGUGCGGCGCAGGCCUGCCCGUCAUCUCGACUAUCAAGGACCUGGUGGACACGGGCGAUGAGGUCACGCGUAUUGAGGGCGUCUUUUCCGGCACUAUGUCGUUCCUGUUCAACUCGUUCGCACCGACCGAGGGGGCCGGCGGCAAGUGGAGCGCCGAGGUGAAGAAGGCCAGGGAGCUGGGCUACACGGAGCCGGACCCACGGGACGACCUGAAUGGCCUGGACGUCGCGAGGAAGCUGACGAUCCUGGCGAGGUUGGCCGGGCUCAAGGUCGAGUCGCCGACGAGCUUCCCCGUGCAGAGCCUGAUUCCCAAGGAGCUGGAGAGCGUGGGCAGUGCGGACGAAUUCAUGGAGAAGCUACCAGGCUUUGACGGGCAGAUGGACGAGGUCAAGACAUCGGCCGAGAAGGAGGGCAAGGUGGUGAGAUUUGUCGGGAGCGUCGAUGUGGGCGCCGGGCAGGUCAAGGUCGGCCUCGAGAAGUUUGACCGCUCGCACCCCAUCGCGGCACUCAAGGGGUCGGACAACAUCAUCAGCUUCUACACGAAGCGGUACGGUAGCAACCCGCUCAUCAUCCAGGGCGCAGGUGCUGGUGGCGAGGUCACCGCGAUGGGCGUGACAGGCGACCUGCUCAAGGUGGUGUCCCAGAUAUAAUGACAUGACCUGCAAAAGAGGCCCCUUUUCUCUCGGAAAUCUAGCAUAAGGCACUUGGAUAUAGAAAAAAAGAAAAAAAAAGCAACAC